AUGGACAACAUACAUUUUCUGGCAAACCAAAUUAAGGAUGUUUGUGAAUAUGCAAAAACACUUUGGGUACCGAUUUCGGCUUCUCACGAGUGGGCCUCAGCCGAACAGACCACUUUCGAACUCGUCUCGAGUUACAUUCCGUGGCUCUUUAUCCGAAGCCCGUGGCUCUUAAACUCGAGAGUGAUAACUUACAUCGAACACGAGUGGGAGUUCAAAGACGAGCCAAAGAUGGUCGUUUUGAACGAAAAUAAUGUCGUGACAAACUCGAACGCGAUGGAUAUGGUGAUCGUGUGGGGGCCCACGGCAUUUCCUUUUUCGGGCGAACGAGAAGAGGAGCUUUGGAGCCAUGCAAGAUGGAAUCUUGAACUCAUCCUCAAUGGAAUCAACACUUUAUCAUUUGAAUGGGUGGAGGAAGGCAGAGAACUCUGCAUUUUGGGAGUGACAACUUAG